AUGAAGGAAUCUGAGGCAAUUAAAGAGUACUCAGAUAGACUUAUCAAUCUGGCUAAUAAGGUAAAGUUACUUGGUGCCGAACUUUCUGAUACAAGGAUUGUGCAGAAAAUCCUUGUUACUUUACCUGAAAAGUUUGAAGCAACAAUUGCUUCACUGGAAAAUACAAAAGAUCUGUCAAACAUUACUUUGGCAGAACUUUUGAACUCUUUGCAAGCACAGGAACAAAGAAGAUUGAUGAGGAAUGAGGGAGCUGUUGAAGGAGCCUUGCAAGCAAGGCAACAAUUCAACUACAGAGGCAAAGGCAAUAAGCAGAAGGAAAAGAAGAACUAUGCUACGUCAACAGAAGUUGCUGCAACUAAUGGCAAUUCCAGCAACAACAACAAAGGUGGAAAGUAUCCAGCUUGCCAACAUUGUGGGAAGAAAAAUCAUCCACACUUCAAGUGUUGGAGAAAACCUAUGAGAUGCAGAAAGUGUCAUAAACUCGGUCAUGCUGAGAUUAUUUGCAAAGAGAAAGGACCACAACAAUUAAAUAAAGCACAAAUUGCAGACCAACAAGAAGAAGAGCAAUUGUUUGUGGCUACUUGUUUUAUAAGUAAAAGUACUUCAAGCGAAAGCUGGUUAAUUGAUAGCAGUUGUACAGAUCAUAUGACUCAUGAUGAGGAGAUUUUCAGAGUUUUAGACAGAUCUGUAACCUCUAAAGUCAGAAUUGGUAACAGUGAUUAUCUUCCUGCUAAAGGGAAAGGCACAGUAGCUAUUGAAAGCUAUUCAGGUACAAAGUUGAUUUCGGAUGUACUCUAUGUUCCUGAAAUUGAUCAAAAUUUGUUGAGCGUAGGGCAGUUUUUGGAGAAUAAUUUCAAGCUUAUUUUUGUUGACAAGAAGUGUGUGAUCUUUGAUCCAAAGGGUCAAGAAAUCUGUCAAGUUAAAAUGAGAGGAAAAAGUUUUCCUUUGAUCCAAUGGAGGAAAAGCAGGCUGCCUAUCCGAGCCAAGAGAUGA